AUGCUGAUCAGGUCAGAGUACCCACCAGUUCCGGUCGCCACUGAACCUUUCCACGAAACUCUCCGUAACGCUCUUAGGAAACAUAUGGAUAGCGAAAACGAGACGGCAUUUGUGUGCGCUGAAACCAAUACCGAAAUUAGCUUCAAGACGAUUCACGAUUUAUCAUACGCUGUGGCUUCGUUUCUUCAUAAAAACAACUUCCACAAAGAUGUAGCCUGUAUGGUUAUGCCAAAUCAUUGGGUGUGGGCUCCGUUUUUUCUUGGUGUCGCAAUGAAUGGCGGUGCACUAUCUGGUAUAAACAUAGCAUCAUCAGAAGGUCAGUUUAAUUUCACAAAAUUUAUGGAAUAA